AACAGGAGCAAGAUCAACAUGAUGAGUUACAAAAAUGGAAAAGGCAUACUGAGUCAGCUCUCUGAAAGACGUUUAGAGAUAACUAUUUUCAUAAUUAUUAUAUUGGCAGAAUUCCUUAUAUAUGGAAUUACCAAAAUUCAACCUCAAAACCACUUUUAUGAUGAACCUCAACCAGCCCACAAGGAAAUAGAAUCAUAUAAAGAAGGAAAUUCACAUUACUUAUACAGAAAACUCAAAUUUGAUCCAAACAAAGAUGAGAUAUUCAUCAUACUUCAUAUCCAGAAAACAGGAGGGACAAAUUUUGAGUCAAGACUGGUGAAAACACUAAAUGUGUCACCUAGCUGCGUGUGCCAACCAGAGGAACGGCGCUGUGAGUGUCUCAACAAAAAUGGGCAUGUAUGGAUAGUAAGUGGCCAGUUUUCUUUGAAAUGGUCUUGUCGUGUACAUGCUGAUUGGACAGAACUAAAUGGAUGUAUCGAUAGAUAUUUUGAUAGAUCUGAAGGACUACACAGGAAUAGGAGUUAUCUAUACAUCACAAUACUCAGAGAGCCUAUUCAGAGAUACGUGAGUGAAUGGAUGGCUGUGCAACGUGGGGCUCGUUGGUCCAGAAAUAAAAUUCAAUGCAAUGGUCAGAUAAUUAAAGAAUUACCUGCCUGCUAUGAAACCCACUGGAGGCAUGUCAAACUUGAUGACUUCAUAAAUUGUCCACACAGCCUUGCUAUAAACAGACAGACUAGAAUGCUAGCCAAUCUAUCAUUGGUUGACUGCUAUAAUACUAGCACAAUACCAAAACCAGAGAGAGAUAGAAUCAUGCUUGAAAGUGCAAAAAAUAAUUUGAGGAAUAUGGCAUAUUUUGGAUUAACAGAGUACCAAGAAUUGAAUCAACAUCUCUUUGAAUUUACAUUUGGAGUGAAUUUUACAAAAGAUUUUUCCCAAAAUCUGACAACUUAUGCAAAUGGGGCAAAGAAUGUUAUUUCAUCUUCGCAACUUAAAAGGAUUAAAGAACUUAAUAAUCUUGAUAUCAAACUGUAUAAAUAUGCAAAGAAGUUGUAUUUUCAAAGACUAGA